AUGGAUAUAUCGGAUAAGCUGUGGGAUGACACGGUGGCCGGACCGGCGCCGGAAGCCGGCCUGGGGAGGCUCCGGCGGAACCCUACUUUCUCUUCCCCUAUGAGACCAGCGAUCCAGCAGCGGGAGGACUCGCCGGCGACUCCACCGCCAAGUUAUGACGUCGACGCCGCCGCCGCUAUCCGCGUCACCCGCAGCAUCACCAUCGUCCGGACCGCCUCCCGGGGAAGCACCGAAUCGGGACUUUCCUCGCGGUCUCUUCCCUCCACCCGUAAUCGGCUGCCCCUCCCUCUUGAGUCAAACGGAUUCCUGCGCCUCUAUCUAAGUCUUGGGCCUUCGAUUCCUGGCAAUCACAGCGCGAACGCCGAGGGGAGGUGACCGGAAGCAUCGGUGGAGAAAAUCAUCGGGGACGGCGCCGCCGGAGCCCUUGGAGUCCUUGGAGCUACGGACUCCCACUGUCUGCGACUGAUCCGCUCUCUCUCUCUCUCUCUCUCUCUCUCUCUCUCUCUCUCUCUCUUUUUCUCAUCCAUGCAACUGCAGGGUCGUCAUCUCCUCCCUGGACCGAUAA